CCGUCCAGUUUUCUCCCAACAGUCGCAUCCUGCCAGCUCGAGCGCUACCGUUAGCUAGCUAAUAAGGGAGCAGCGAGUCAUUCUCACGGAGGAAAUCCUGUUUUGAUACCUCAGCGUUGUGACACUUUGCUGAAUAAUUCGUUUGGGAAAAUGAAUUUGCGAUUUUCCGGUGCCAACACGCCGCCUGGACGAUAUUAUCUCCUCUGUAAAGUCCGCUUUUUCACUCCGAUAGCUGAGCGGGUAGCUGAGCGGGUUUAGCAAGUCAGAUCGUUUUGACAAGACGAGUGGCUCAUCUGUCCGCUGCUGCCGCUGCCGCCGCUGCUGCUCCGUGACGUUGGGGAGAGAUUUGGACAAAGCCAUUCAGAUGUUGGACGGUAAAAAUAACCUCGGAACUCUUACGUUUUUACACCGGGUUGUGAAAUUGAAUUACGGAGCUGAUCAUCUGUCGAGAAAGUGUCAGGGAUAAGGGGAGGAGUGAGGUCUAUUUUUGGAGGACGAGAGUUUGGAGCUCGCUCCGGAGGAAGGAGUCGGGUAGGGGGGUGUGCGGGGGAGGAAGACCCGCAGAGAAGAAGGGACGUAGCGGGAGAAGAGCCUGAUGCCAGUGAUGGCAAACGAGCCGAUCAUCCUGAACGUCUACGAUAUGUACUGGAUCAAUGAGUUUACCAGCACUCUGGGCAUUGGAGUCUUUCACUCAGGGAUUGAGAUCUAUGGAAGAGAGUUUGCCUAUGGCGGACACCCGUACCCAUUCUCAGGGAUCUUUGAGAUUACACCAGGUGAUGCAACCGAACUCGGCGAGACCUUUAAGUUCAAAGAAGCCAUAGUCCUGGGCAGCACAGACUUCACAGAGGAGGAUGUGGAGCGGAUCGUGGAGGAGAUGGGGAAGGAGUACAAAGGAAACGCCUACCACCUCAUGCACAAGAACUGCAACCACUUCUCCUCAGCACUGUCAGAGAUCCUGUGUGGCAGGGAGAUCCCUCGCUGGGUCAACCGCUUGGCCUACUUCAGCUCCUGCGUGCCAUUCCUCCAGAGCUGUCUGCCCAAAGAGUGGCUGACCCCGGCGGCCUUACAGUCCAGCGUCAGCCAGGAGCUCCACGGAGCAGGAGAGCUGGAGGAGGCCGAGGACGCUGCUGCCACAGCCUCCCUGGCAUCCAUGUCGCCCUCCUCCUCCUCCAGCCCUUCCUCCUUGCCUCGUCAUUCACGCCACCACCAGCCCCGCCGGUAGGAGCUGCAAGGUCUGCUGGGAGACUCGGAGGCUCGACUUGUGGUUACAGAGACUGUCAGAUAACCGGAUACCUGCAGCGGCUGAUGAGUCCAGCGACGACCAGAAGUCCUAUUAGACUGUUCCGGAGCAAGGCUCUGAACUGCUCCCUGCUCCGUGGUAAGAACGGCAGCCAAAUCUCUGCAAUGAUCCAGAGCAGUGGGAGGAACUCUUGGUGCUGACGAAGGCAGGAUCAUCUCUCUGGACACGGCUGAUGGAUUCCAACAUCCCGUACUAAAUCCAGACUGAUCCCCUCAAGUCUCUUUCAUUAUUUUACCAGCCAACUUGCAGCGCAGAAUGGAAACAGCACAGGUCAAAAUGUUUCAAAAUUUACCAGCCACAUCCAGAUUUCACCAGCAGUUAGUUGGUAGAUGGUGCUAAUCUCCACCUUGUCACAGUGGAAACCAUUGAGCGUGAGUUUGAGUCAGUUUAUAAGGACAACAAAAACACAAACGCAUCACCAGACCUUUAUUUUUCCACUGUAGUGUGAAUACAUCUUUUCAUAUUAACGUUCAUAUAAUCUGAGCUUCGACUGUAUUGGUCUCAACCAAAGACUGUAUGUGAAGAAGGAUGGCGUGACAGCUACAGUUUAGGUCAUAAACCCCGCCCCUUCCAUGUUAGUUGAUGAGAUAUGGGUAUAAAUAAGUUUUUCAAGAUGGCUUCUGUCAUUACAGGAAUAGUUCUUAUAACUCCUGUUCAUUUUUCUGAUUAGUUGGGUUUUUAUUAGUAAUUCGAUGCAAGGAAAAAGGGGUGUGACGUCACAGUUGACAGCUGUAUGUGUUAAUCGAUGUGCUUGCAGUCAGAUUUGUGAACUUGAAAUCGUGGCUUCACUUCCUGUUGCUACUGUGCAGAAUUUGGCUCCAAAGGCACAAGAUGGCAGCGCUCUUGUCAGGUAUUUUUAAUAGAUGUAUAAAGGGAACUGGAUACAGCAAUGGAGGCGGGGACUUGUUUAUGCCCAUGAAAGUUGCUCAGUGGCGCAUGAAGCCAAUAUAGUUCUACUUCCUGGGUGUAAAAUUACCUGCAUCUUCUGUAUCGUUGGGCCCAUCAAGUGGCUAAAUUACAUGCUAGCCCUCCGCUAAUUUGGACGCAGAUAAAAUGAUUCAAUCACGUGACUUUCAAAAUGUUAAUCGGACUGAAUGGAUCAAAUCCCGCUAGUUAAACGAGUCAUUUUGUGGGGGCUGUGACAAUCAAAAAAAUGUGUCCAUUGAUUUACAGACGUCUCUUUCCCAAUGUAAGUCUAUGGGGCCCCAAUGGCAUCUUUGUUGUUGCAUAGUUUGGUCACAUUUUCAGAUUGGCUUCAGAGUCCAGUGCAGAUCUGAGGGCCAGGGGCCAGUUGCACAAAACAUCCUUAGUUAAGAUUUUCCUUUAAGUCCUAGUUAAGGUUUCCUCAAAAUAAAAUCAGUUGCACAAAACACCCGUAAGGUUUCCUUAAAGUAUUCACUUCAGUAUUUUUUCCUUUUCUUGGACUUAUACUUAAGGAAUUGGUAGACCUUUGCAUAAAAGACCUUAGCAACCAAAUCAAGGUUUAAAAAAAGUCAGUGAGCUCUGACUCUGUUUUAACUGACCGAGUUUAUGUUGAUGAAGGAAAAAAACACACACACCCUGAUAAGAGUGUUGUAAGUGGCCAGGAGAACCCAGUGGAUACGCUUUUGAUUUCACACUUUAAAUUUGACUGAAUUGAUUUUCGUUGUAUCUUCCUAUAGGUGUUUUCUGUUUUCUAGUGUUUGGGGUCAAAUUUACUUGGUAGUUUGUGCUUUCGAUGAUUGUAUACCUCCAGAAGUUUAAUCUUUUCCUCCUCUGACCAACAUGGUUUUCUUGUCUUCUUUUUGUCUGCCAUUAUUUCACUAACUAUAAGCCAACUUUGUGAGAUGAUAACAGGCAUCACAAGCACAAGAGACCAAGCAAACAAUCUCCAUCAAAACUUUUUCUGCUGUAAAAGGAUUUAAUGUUUUUCCUUAACUAAGGAGACCUUUUAAGGGAUUCUGUGCAGCUGUGGAAGUCCCUCAGCUAAGGAGAAAAUGUGUCAAUCCUAAGAAGAAAACUUAAGGUGUUUUGUGCAACCGGUCUUAUGAUACUCCAUUUUAGUACAGUGGGAGGAAGUGGCGACACUUUGUGCAUCUUCAUAUACAGUCUGUGUUCUCAACACUGCAGUCUGACGCCAUGUGAGGAGAAACAGAUGCAAAUUCAAACAGUUCUACACUGGAACAUUUAGUUAUUAUAGUUUUAAAUUACCGCUAACCAAGCGCUGGUGUAAUUUGACCUGUGGCUGGUAAAUGUUUUCACACUGCAGCCGUCUGUCGUUAACACAUCCCGAAAUAUUUGGCUGGUGAAAUUGUGAAAGCAGCAGGUGGAGCUGGGAAUCGAUACACUUUGCCUCAACGUGCUGUGUGUGCGUCAGGACCUCAGCCUUUUGUAAUGUUUCUCUCACAGCAGAACUACAAUCAGUGUCACUUUCCUCAAACACCACAUCGACACAGACACGCUGAUCCAGAACCAGUGUGGGUGAAACCCCCAAACACACCUCCGAUGGGUUCAGUUCGAGGUAACUUCUGCUCCCCUAGUUUCUCUCUUUGUUCCUUUUUGAUGUCAAAUCUGUAUCAGCAGUUGUCAGGUACCUGUAGCAGCUCCCAAAAUCCUACCUGCCCCUCACGGGAUAACCACAUGUGAUUAGAGAAAACUGAACCCAUAAAUUAUAUCAGCCUUUAAUGUAACGAUUAUAAAAAGCAACAGUAAUAUAAUGUUUUUUCUCGUAAAAUAAUUUUAGACUGAGGUUCGGGCAGUGACGUAGAGAUUUUUGUUACUAGAAAUUCCUGGAGAGUGAAUUAUUUCUCAGUAGCAACUGCCAAGGUGCCUUUAAGCAAGGUACUUAACCCACAAGUGUUGCAGUGGCCAACAGCAGAGGACUGUGGUCGUGCUGGACUGCUCCCAGUGUGUUCACCUCUGUGAGCAAAAUGUCUUUACCAGAGGUAAUUCAAGGUUCAAGUUUACAUUACAGACAUGAUGUCAGCCCACAGCGGUUUGUAAUCUGCGUAAAUGUCUGAAGACGACAGGCGGGUGGCACGGAGGAAGGGAGUUUGAGGAAGAGUGUGUCUUAAACAGGAAGUGAAACCCUCUCCAACUGACCUGCCAUCAGCCUCCUGACAGUCACUGUCCUCACAUCUGUGUCCAGUUCGGGACGAUGCACAUUUCCUUGGUUUUAUUUCAAGUGUUUAUACUUUCAUUUGAUGUGUGAAUAACUCACUGAAAUCAUCACGUACUAUAAGAAGAAGAUGCUGCUUUUCCCAAAUGAUGAGCACCUCAUUUCUUUAUAUGCUGUCAACAACAACAACAACAACACGAAUGCUGCAUCAUGUGUAUUGUCCUAAACAAGAGCAAUGGAUGUGUUGAAACAUACUCAGUCGAUUUUAACUGAAUUGCUGGAAGUCCGAGGACUCCAAGCUGGAAAACUGUCAAAUGUUGUCCGGAAAAUCUUUGUUUUUAAUAUAUUUCUAUGAUAUAUGGACUCUGGCCUUUUUGUCUGUUUUGUUUAUGUUGGAUAAACUCAGGACUCCAAAAGGCUUUGUAAUAUAACCCUUUUAACUUUUUAUCCCACGUUUUAUGUUUGCGUUUGUUGUUGCUUUUUUCUAAUGCAGUAGUCACUCCAGAGAGCUUUUCAAGUACGCACUGUGGCAGUGCAGUUUUAUACUCUUCUCUUUGAUAACAACAACAACAAAAAAGAGCUUUUGUUUACAACCUGUUUGGAUGUGAGCCUGGGCUGCUCUUUUGUUUUCCUGUCUGUGCAUGAAUGUGUGUGAGUGCGCGCGCGCGUGUGUGUGUGAACACUUAUAUUAUUAAUGGUUAUCAACAAGCUGCCAACUGGGCCAAAUUUCCCGACAUGAAACACACACACACACACACACACACACGGCAUAAUAGAACAAAUGUAGCAGCGUCUCCAAGGUUUUUCUUUUUCAAAAUGUUGCCUCAUCUGCAAGAGAUACGAUUUCUAUGAACAACUUUUUGUCCUUUAAUUUCGGAUGUUUUCAGUAACAUUUCAGUUGCUGGUAAAAAAAAAAUAUAUAUAUAUUUUCAGGACUUUUUUUUUUUAGCACAAAACAGAAGCAGUGUUAAAGCAAAGACACACACACACACACACACACACGGUGACAUUUCUCAUGACACCAGCAUAUUUGUGAUUUGGAGUGAUUCAGCUUGGUGUAUUAUGAAUUCAUUUAAAUGUUGAAGUUGAUUUUUAAUGCACUGACACACACACACACACACUUACCGCUCUUGUCGGCGCCCUCUGCUGGCUGUUAUCUGUACUGUUACCUGUCUGUGCUUCUCCAACACAGACACUGAGGUUUCCCUUAACGUUCAUAACUUUCAAGGUUAUUUCUGUCUAUUGACAAACAAUAUGUAUUCAAACACUAGUCAUCCACCAGGGGAAAAAAAUAAUUGCUUUAUGUUGGUAUCUUGACAUUCAAAGUUCCACAUAGCACCACUACUGAGGCCAAAGAUAACUUCACUCUUUUUUUAAACAGCCAUUGAAUUUUCAUCACGUGUGUCCUGCUUUCAUAAUGAAUGUCUCUCCUUUUUUUUUUUUAAUUAAACCUUCAUUUGUUAAGUAAUUGUGGUUGUUCUAUCAUUAUAAUAGUGAGUUUCCUGUCAGAUGAUUAUUUUAUGGGACAUUUGCACCACUUUGUGUGAGCUGUGAAAGUAGAUUGGGAAACCUUAGUCAUUCAUACCCCUCUUCAAAGAACUGACUUCAGCUGUUUUACAGUGAACUCUCACAAAGCCUUCAGAGGAGUGGACCCGAUUUGUACCCUGUUGUAAAGUUAUUAAAGAAAAGCAUACAA